AUGGGAGCGGAACAGGAUUGUUUGUACCACCCAGUGUUUGUGUGCCUCACACCCAGUGUUUGUGAGCCUCCCACCCAGUGUUUGUGUGCCUCCCACCCAGUGUUUGUGCCUCCCACCCAGUGUUUGUGUGCCUCACACCCAGUGUUUUGUUUGUGUGCCUCACACCCAGUGUUUGUGUGGCUCACACCCAGUGUUUGUGUGCUUCCCACCCAGUGUUUGUGUGCCUCCCACCCAGUGUUUGUGUGGCUCACACCCAGUGUUUGUGUGCCUAGCACCCAGUGUUUGUGUGCCUCCCACCCAGUGUUUGUGUGCCUCCCACCCAGUGUUUGUGUGCCUCCCACCCAGUGUUUGUGUACCUCCAACCCAGUGUUUGUGUGCCUCCCACCCAGUGUUUGUGUGCCUAGCACCCAGGGUUUGUGUGCCUCCCACCCAGUGUCUGUGUGCCUCCCACCCGGUGUUUGUGUGCCUCCCACCCAGUGUUUGUGUGGCUCACACCCCGUGUUUGUGUGCCUAGCACCCAGUGUUUGUGUGCCUCCCACCCAGUGUUUGUGUGCCUCCCACCCAGUGUUUGUGUGGCUAACACCCAGUGUUUGUGUGCCUCACACCCAGUGUUUGUGCCUCCCACCCAGUGUUUGUGAGCCUCCCACCCAGUGUUUGUGUGCCUCCCACCCAGUGUUUGUGUGCCUCCCACCCAGUGUUUGUGUGCCUCCCACCCAGUGUUUGUGCCUCCCACCCAGUGUUUGUGUGCCUCCCACCCAGUGUUUGUGUGCCUCCCACCCAGUGUUUGUGUGCCUCCCACCCAGUGUUUGUGUGCCUCCCACCCAGUGUUUGUGUGCCUCCCACCCAGUGUUUGUGUGCCUCCCACCCAGUGUUUGUGUGCCUCCCACCCAGUGUUUGUGUGCCUCCCACCCAGUGUUUGUGUGGCUCGCACCCAAUGUUUGUGUGCCUAGCACCCAGUGUUUGUGUGCCUCCCACCCAGUGUUUGUGUGCCUCCCACCCAGUGUUUGUGUGCCUCCCACCCAGUGUUUGUGUGCCUCCAACCCAGUGUUUGUGUGGCUCACACCCAGUGUUUAUGUGCCUAGCACCCAGUGUUUGUGUGCCUCCCACCCAGUGUUUGUGUGCCUCCCACCCGGUGUUUGUGUGCCUCCCACCCAGUGUUUGUGUGGCUCACACCCAGUGUUUGUGUGCCUCCCACCCAGUUGUUUGUGUGCCUCCCACCCAGUGUUUGUGUGCCUCCCACCCAGUGUUUGUGUGCCUCCCACCCAGUGUUUGUGUGCCUCCCACCCAGUGUUUGUGUGCCUCCCACCCAGUGAUUGUGUGCCUCCCACCCAGUUGUUUGUGUGCCUCCCACCUAGUGUUUGUGUGCCUCCCACCCAGUGUUUGUGUGCCUCCCACCCAGUGUUUGUGUGCCUCACACCCAGUGUUUGUGAGCCUCCCACCCAGUGUUUGUGUGCCUCCCACCCAGUGUUUGUGUGCCUCACACCCAGUGUUUGUGUGCCUCCCACCUAG